AUGUCCAUGGAAUACCUGGGUUACGGCCGUGUUAACACUCCACUUGUCAAAAUCUCUGUCCACGGCAACAACUACAGAUUACGCCUUAGCAUAUUGGUCGGUGCUGUCGGAGACGCAAGCUGCUACAUUCGGCGUGCAACCUUCUCCUUCUCUCUAUGCUUCCCUUUGAACUCGGGUCUCGGAUCGUCUAGAUUGUUGGUGGAUUGCGGAUCAGAAAAAACGGUCUACCCGAGGUGGCAAGAGGUCAUCCUAGAGUAUUCGGUUAAUUUCGACAUUACGGGUUCUGGGACAGUGUCCUCGAAUCAAGCAACCUACUCAAUCGGGAAGCGAGCUCUCUUCGUCAAACUUGGUAACACUAUUGGCUCUCAAGAAAAUUUAGACGUGCUUCGUCAGGUCGCCAGAAUCAAAUACAUCUAUGCCUGA